UUACUCAGUCUACGUAUACUACCUAUGCCAAAAAAAGCCUAAAGCCAUAAAUCAUAAUAAGAAGUAGUAGUACCUAUGUAAUCUGUGGAUAAUUGUGAAAAUUUGUUUUGUUUCUAUUUUCGUGUGUGGAUCUAAUUAAGAAUGAAGCCUCCUGUUGAGCCAUCAAAAGAGGAUUGCUGUAACAGCGGUUGUAAUCCAUGUAUAUUCGAUGUGUAUGAUAACCAAAUUAAAUUAUACGAAAAAUAUCAAGAAGAAGGUUGUAAUUCAUACAAUAACGCAGAUAAUGGUAUUUCACAACUUGAAUACAAGAUAUUUUAUCUCCUUGAUAUUGUUCAACUAAGUAACACACAAAAAAUCCUUUUUUUUCAAAAGCCGAAUCAUGAUCAAGGUCCAAAAGUAUGGUGGAGACCUGGUGAUCAUUUUCUUCUCAAAUACACUUCAGAGAAUAAUGCGUCGUGUACCAGAGCAUAUACACCUAUUAAAUUAAAAGUGAGUGGCGGUUGUUAUAAAGAUUAUGAUUUCCUUAUUGUAGUACGAAAAUACAGCAAUGGAUUAGUUUCAAAUUAUCUGUUCAACAUGACCAUUGGGCAGCAAACGCUAUGGCGAGGUCCAUAUGGUUCUUACAAUUUACAAUCUCAAAAAUAUAGUAGAAUUAUAAUGAUUGCGCAAGGGACAGGCAUUGCACCUUUUAUAUCUAUUAUCCAGAACAUAUUAAGCAAUGAAGAAGACCUCACUAGAAUAGUUUUAUUUUACUGUUGUAAAGAUAUUAAUGAAAUUUUAUUUAGAAAUGAGUUGUAUGAAUUUAAUUCUUAUUGGAACUUCUCGUAUAAAAUUUUUCUGAGUAAUACACCAAGUGAGAGCACAUUGACUAAGAAAUACAAUGAACCAUUGGUAAAUAACAAAUUCAAUGUGAUAGAACUAGAUUAUUUUAAACCAAAUUUCAAUGAUCAAUAUUUGCUUUGUGGCUCAAUAAAGUUUAUGAAAGAAUAUGAAGUUGUUUUGAAAAAUGGAAUUUAUUCUGAUAGUAUAAUUUUGUUCUAAAUAUCAGCCUGUAAUGCUUAACAGUUUUUUUUUAGAUCAUUGAAAAUGUUUUAUAAUCAUCUAAUGAUGCCUCACUGCAGCAAUAUGCCCUAUCACAGGACAGGGUUUUAGAUAGACCCACCACUGCUGCUCCAGUGUGGGAUGAGCCUGUUACAAGUAUAGUGGACUCCCGGUAGUCCGGCCCCUGUCUAAUCCGGCGCCCCCUGUAAUCCGUUAAACUGUUAAACCAAAAAAAAUUGAUGAAUAUUUGCAUGCUUCUUAAACUACAUAAUUGAUUUAUGGUUUUUGAUUAUUAUUUGACAUACAUAAUGAAGUAUAAUUAGUAUUUCAGAGUACAUAUAUGUACAUAUGUAUGUAUAUAUAAUAUGUAAGUAUAAAGAAUCUUAUCAUUGGAUCUGUAAUUUGUCGGAUUACAAGGUACUCUUUUGUAAAAAAAUCCGGACUAUAGGGGGUCUUAGGCAGUACUCUAUAAUCCGACGAAUUCGAUAGUUCAACACUGCCCUGCAAAAUGUUUGUGGAACUACCGGGGGUCCACUAUAGUAGCUUUUACAGGCUGGAGAAUAGUGUAUUGUAGAGUAUUUUAUUUUCAUCUGUAACUGUCGACUGUGAGUCUUUCUUUUUGUAGCCUAUUGUUCAUUUCAUUAUACAUACAUAUUAGAAGUGUCAAAACUAAAAAUGUUAUAGCUACUAUUAUUUCUAUUACUGUGCUGUAAAUAGAAGUGCUAAACUAACUCAAGACAUUCAGGAAGCAGUUCCCUAGCUAUUACAAAAUGAAAACAUACUUAAUGCUUAAAAUAAAUAAACUACC